AUGGCUGAGGAUGGAAAAGAGGAGUCGGCCGCGGUGGUUGACUCUUCGGGGGAGAAAUUGCCGCAGACCUCUGAUCCGAAGAAGCGUAAAGGGAUCUUGUCACGGAUAUGGGGGAAAAUCUUUAAAGGAGGUGAAGACUACGAGAAAAGGUUGGAAUAUUUGUCCAAGGAGGAGGCGUCCGUUCAUGUCCGGUUGAAGAGAAGAGCUCAGCGUUGGCGGAAGACUGUCAGGAACAUCAUAGUCUUCUCUGUGGUCCUGGAGGUGAGUUCCUUGUUCUUCUCCUCUCACUUCGGAUCGGAGUUCGUUUGAAAUAAGUCGAGGAGACAUGGCGCUGCCUAAUGACUGGGGAUUUCCUAGAGAACAAGUAAAAUGGCCCCGAUUCCAUGGAAUUUUGCUAUCAGUUGAUUAGUCGGAGCGUCUGUUUACUUUAUUUAUGAUUCAUUUAAUUGCCUGCCUAUGAAUAAUAUGGCGAGAAACAACGUGGUCGGGCCGGCGAAUUUACUAUUGGUUUAUUGUCGAACAUGUGCAUUUGUUUAAUUAUCUACUGCCCAUUCCAGGGACUGCCUAAUGCUACGGUAUUGUUGAGUUCUUGAAAUCUGGCUUUUGUGUACAUUCAUCAUUGUAUGGCAAGCUGAAGAUUGUGGACUCCAUUUCAUAAUAUGAGAGAAUCGUUCAAAAUAUGCAAAGAUAAUAAAAACUUGUCACCAUUGCUUUGUUUCCAAUACGUGAAUAUCUAUGCAUGGACCUUACAGGUCUGUGGUUUAUGACACAAAAGGAAACAACUAAUGCAGAAGUCUAAUAUGUCACCUGUUUGUUAGAAUUCUUUUUGUCAUGGAUAGUGGAAAAUUCUGGAGUUUAUCAGAAAAUAAGGAGGAGGAUAAGAGGUCCAGUGGAUCAUUAGUAACUCUCGUUGCUAUCAACAUUGAAUAUAUUAGAAGUCAACUGUCAGUUUUGUCACAUCUAGAUAUCUGCUUUUCAUGUAAACUGGCGAACACCCAGUUUACAUUUCAAGACUUGCACAAUGGUUUAUAUGAUUGUGUCUUUAAAUCUCACAUCAUGUCUCUAGGCAUUUAUGCUCUCUUCUCCUAGUUAGAAAUUGAUGGCUUCUCUUUUUUCUUUGGUGGGAAGUAGUUUUUGCUAGAAUAUUAAUUUUCUCCUGGUCACUGUGAUAAGCCCAAUGGUCCGUUUUCCUGAGUCAAGUUUUUGAUCCUUGGUGAUAUAUACCAGGUAAUAGCCGUUGCUUAUGCUGUUCUUACAACAAGAUCAGUAGAUUUGAGCUGGCAAAUGAGGGCAUUGAGGGUUCUGCCAAUGUUUGCCUUACCUACUCUAUCUUCUGCUGUCUAUUCAAUACUUGUAAGCCUCACAAGAAUGCGUAAGUAUUUAUAAAUUAUGCACACAUAUUUAUAAAAAUUGCUUUUCCAGCCAUAUCUUCAUUUUUUUAGUUUUUAACAUUUUAAAUUUCAGGUUUUUGUUGCUCUGAGAGCUAUUUGUCUGGUUUAUUUUGAAUUUCAGAGUCGGCAGCUUGUUUUAUGAUAGAGAACGUUAAAGAAAGGUUUUGAGAGAUACUGACAUUGAACUACAGAUCCGCAUCCCUGAUUUAAUAAAAGUCUAACUCAGAGAUCUGAAAUUAUCUGAACUUUCAUCUUAGGCCCUAUGCCACUAUUUCUGUGUGAUAUUUUAGACCUAACUGCCGGGAAUUGCCUUCAGAUCGUUUAUCCACAGAUUUUACUAGGCCCUACCUCUGAAGGCCGCUUGUAAACAAGAGAGAACGUACUACGCUUGUUGUUAUGGCUUUUGUGAUCCCUUCACUCUUUAUUUUCGCUGUUACUUCCACUGUGGAGAAAGAUAUUGACGAAAAACAGUCAUGUUAAUCCAAGUGCGCUCAUUCUUCAGAGGAAGUAGUUUUAACCUUCUGGCUACUUCCUUUUUUGGUGCUCAAAUAUGUCCGCAGAAGUGUAUUUUAAGGCUCCCACCAGGAAGAAAGCAUCUAUUUGAAAAUGCCUCGUUCUGAUUAUUGGAUAGUGGCAGCGAGUUUAAUUUGCAGAAAGAAUAAAUAUAUGUAAAAAAAAUUCGAGCAGGAUUUAAUUGUUGCAACAUAAAAUUGUAAUGAGUCAUAGUGCAAAAUCGCUGGACAUGUCUAGCAUAUUUUUCCCUUGGAAAAAUAUUUUUCUUUGGAUUGGAGACGUACUACUUUUGCUCUCCUUUGCUUAUCAUUAUUUCUCCUUUUCUCAACCUCAUAUGGGGCUGCAAUGGUCUAAUGCCAUUCAAAGGGUCGAUAUUUAAGCAGACCAUUGUUCCCAGUAUUUGAUCUGGCACCCGAGUGAGAUCCCUUCCUCUGUUGAAUGGAAAAUUAGGAGGAAGACACUGAUUUGGGUGAUACAUACAAGAAAAUAUCUCUCACAUGUGGAUCGUUUUUUAAGAUUUUUUUUUUCAUCUAUAGUUAUGGAUUUAUCAUAAUAAGAAUCUUUCAUAUUUGGUUGUGUAUAGAAUCUUACAGAAUGUAUCUAUCUGUAGUUGACCAUAGGGACCGGAAGGCACUUGAAAGGUUAAGAGCUGAAAGGAAAGCAAAGAUAGAUGAACUUAAAGAAAGAACCAACUACUACACCACACAACAACUUAUUCAGGUGCUCAUUCCACCCAUUGAAUUUCUUAUCGAUAACUUAUCGGGCUCUGGCAUCUUCCCUUUGCAGGCCUUCAACUCUCUUGCCUUAUCGACUUCACCUUUUCUCUAUACAGAGAUACGAUCUCGAUCCAGCAGCCAAGGCAGCUGCUGCAGCUGUUCUGGCAUCAAAGUUGGGUGCAGACACCGGCAUGAAAUUCUUUGUAGGAGAAGAAUCAAACUCGAACAAUUCACCUGGGAAAAGCAGCCACGUUGAGCUGGUUAAAUCUGAUGGACUGCGGAAUCGGAAACAUCCCCAUAGAAAUAAAAGUGCAGAAAGUGACAAGAUCCAGACCCAACUUAUCGAUGAAAUAUCCCCUGAUCAAGAGGUUCCCGCCCAGACUCGGAAAGUCGUCGAACACGACAAAAAUCCACGAUCUGAUGACGGCGGGUGGAUAUCCCGGAUUGCUGCACUGCUCGUCGGAGAUGAUCCAACCCAAUGCUACGCAGUUAUCUGUGUGAAUUGCCGCAUGCAUAAUGGUGAGUACCUGCAAGCACUCGUUGUUUUCUUCAGUUAAUACUCGAUCAGCGGUUUGGAGGCGGAGUAUAAUCUGAUUAAAUGUUAAUGGGCCCGUUCCAAUUUGUCCAGGGCUCGCUAGAAAGGACGACUUCCCCUACAUAACUUACUACUGCCCACACUGCGACGCUUUGAACGGGCCAAGACAAUCCGAGGAGCUUGCUUCUGGUCCCAGUUCUGAGAAGACGGGCCCCCGUACCACCGCCCUGGACUACGUCAGCAACACCAACUCUGUUCUUGAAGAGGCUGAAAUCACGAGCAGUUCUGUGACUCCUGUGGAAGCCAUGGUGGGCGGAAAAGAGGAAGACCCGCCCAGCCUGCAGGCGGUGGAUUAA